UUUUUUUUUCUGCUAAAUAAACGAGUAGUAUCUUGUAAUGAGUGGUACUAGACUACUCUUGACUUGGCAAAGGCAAAAACACCAAAAUGCUUAACUCCUCGUUCAUAGGCUCCUCACUCCCUACCACCACUACUUUUUACUCGAAACCCACCAAAACCCACAAACACCACCCUACAAUAACCUCUCUCAACCGCCCACCACCACCACAAAACCCUAACCCUAGCCCUAAUUUCAUAACCACAAUCUCUAAAUUCUUAUGGGGCCCAUCUCUUCCACCUCAACUCCUCAUCUCCACCGUACGUUCCACUUGGUCCACGACAUGGCAAAUCAUGAUGUCCCAGCUCGCCCCGUCCGACCCAUCUGGCAGUUAUACCCGACCCACUUCCCAAUUUCGCGCCAAACCUGGGAACCAAUUUUCCCGCCAAAACUUCAAGAAUCUCCAUCUCUAUGUUGGCUUGCCUUGCCCUUGGGCUCACAGGACCCUCAUGGUCAGGGCUCUGAAGGGUCUCCAAGAAUCAAUCCCGGUGUCGAUUGCGGCCCCGGGACUCGAUGGUUCUUGGAUUUUCUUGAAUAGUGGAACCCGGGACAAGGACAGGCUUGUCCCGGGCUCGGAUAACGUGAAUGGGUGUAGGAGUCUUAGGGAGGUUUAUAAGCUCAGGGCAGGCGGUUAUAGUGGCAGGUCAACUGUUCCGAUGCUUUGGGAUGUCGAUAAGAAAGAUGUAGUGUGUAAUGAGAGUUAUGAUAUUAUCGAAUUGCUCAAUGCAAGCUUUAAUGACAUUGCCUUGAAUCCUGAUUUGGACCUUUCGCCUCCGGAAUUGAAGAAAGAUAUAGAGAAGUGGAAUGCCAUUAUCUACCCGAAUAUCAACAACGGUGUUUAUAGGUGUGGGUUUGCACAGAGUCAGGAAGCGUAUGAUAAAGCAGUAAAUCAGUUGUUUGACGCAUUGGAUCUGAUAGAUAAUCAUUUGGGCACUUCACGGUAUCUAUGCGGCGAUAGGCUUACACUCUCUGAUGUAUGCCUCUUUACCACGUUGAUUCGGUUUGAUAUUGUAUACAAUGUUUUGUUCAAGUGCACAAAGAAGAAGCUUGUUGAAUAUCCCAACCUUCAUGGCUAUAUGAGAGAUAUAUACCAGAUUCCAGAGGUUGCAACAACUUGCAAUCUUGAAGCAGUAAUGGAUGGUUACUACAAGUUUCUUUUUCCAUUGAAUCCAGGCAACAUUCGACCUAUAAUGCCUGGUGGUUGCGAGCCUGAUGCCCUCUUGAGACCUCACAACAGAGAAACACUUUCCGUGCCAGAAGGUGUUCAGAUCCUUGUCAAACUGAAUACCGAAGGAGAUGAAUUAGCCAUUAAACAGAAACAAGCAUGGGAUGAAGAGAUGAAGGCCUGCGGAUAUUCCUAAUGUUUAUUUUUACAGUGUUAUUGCUCGAUUUGAUUUCUAGUCUUGAACAGGAGUAUUAUAUAUUUUCGAGUCAAGAAAAUAAAUUUGUGUCUGACGGUGUGAGUUUCAUCAAAUUGUGAAUUAUUGGUCUAGUUAUUAUUUUGGUGUUAUCAGUUCGAUUUGAUUUCCAAUGCAAGUAGAUUUUCA